UUAAACUUCGCUCUUUCCACCGAAAUUUGGAUAAUACGACGCUGGCGUUAUGUCCUCGACGUUCGAUUCGCUGGUUGGCGAUCUGACACGCGAUUACCAGCGCGCUCAGCCAAGAGACGCCCUGCAGUUCUGUGCCAACUGGUUCCAAACUCGACUGGAGGAGCAGAGAACUCGUACGAGGGAUCUUCUCUCACAAAGGUCGUCGUCGUUGUCCGUUCCCGCUGACCUCUACAUCGACACACCAGCCAAUGGGAGUCCCUCCAACCUUCCCUUCCCAUCUGCUUCACCCCUCGCCCGACCUCGUUCCUCUUUCCGCGACAGCAUUGCACACAGUCCCUUUGGAACUCUAAACGUUCCUGGAAACGCUCUUCUCAGUGGCGAUCGAACCCCUCCCACACUCAAAUUUAACCAAAACGAACUACCACCCACGUCCCCAUUGACCACAGUGAACCCGUUUGCUUCAUUCGAUACAGCCACUCCUACCGGUUUCAACAACGACGACUACCUCGUUGCCCCAACGUCAGCGAUAUUUGCACGACGGACGUCUGUCUCUGCAGAAUCUAUCGCAGUCGAUAGUGGUACCGAUGAAGUUCUCCCUGUCUAUCCGAAAGGGAUUGAACAGCUACGCCGUAUCAAAGCAGCCAUUCGCAACAACUUUAUCUUCCGGGAUCUCGAUGAAGAGCAGGAGAAGGGUGUGCUGGAUGCGAUGCAGGAGAGACAGGUGGUGAAAAACGAGGUGGUGAUUCGCCAAGGCGAUGUUGGAGAGUACUUCUACGUUGUGGAAGCUGGCCAGCUGAACUGUUACAUCCGUACCGAGCCUCUCCCACCAAAUUGGCUCAGUCAACCCAACAUCCUCACCGACACGGGAGAAAAAUUUAUUCAACCAAAGCACCACCCCGAACUUGGAAGGCUGGUGCAAGAGUGCAAAGCUGGAAGUUCGUUUGGUGAAUUGGCCUUGAUGUAUGGCCAUCCUCGUGCUGCGUCCGUUUUGGCCAUUGAGCCAUCGACCCUCUGGGCUUUGGAUCGUAUCACGUUCCGGACCAUUAUCCUCAAGGCCGCUCACCGGAGGAGAACCAUGUACGAGCGGUUCCUCUCAACCGUGCCUUUGCUUUCUUCCCUCGAUGCUGCCGAGCGGAGCAAGAUUGCCGAUGCGCUCAACAGCAGCGUGUACAAGGAUGGAGAAGCGGUGGUCAAGCAGGGAGAACUCGGAGACACCUUCUUCUUCGUGGAGGAAGGUGAAGCAAUCGCAACAAAACACCAACAACUAGAGAAUGGGGAAACUAGAGAAAUUAAAGUGGGGCAUCUGAAGAAGGGCGAUUACUUUGGAGAAUUGUCGUUGCUACGUGCAGCACCUCGUGCAGCAACUGUGAGCGCCGUUCAUCGCACCGACCCUUCGCAGCCCAAGUUGAAGGUGGCCGCCUUGGACGAGGCUGCUUUCACUCGACUCUUGGGUCCGCUUCGAGAGCUGAUGGAGAGAAAGGCGGGGGAAGCUUACGGACGACUGCCGUUGCAACACUGA